AUGGCCGAAGAGAUUGGCACUUUGCGAUCCCUGUGCUCGCGUUCGACGAGGUCGUUUUCCGACGGCCCUUCUUCGAACGCAGCGGGUGGGUCUCGUUAUAUUGCUCGAAGAGACCCGGAUAAUCAGCAAUCAGCUGGGCACGAGGCUCAUAGCUGUCCCAGGUCGGUUGGUCGCCUCACCAGCGGACGAGGUAACUCGUCCGGACGCCAUUCACGUCGCGGUGGUUCAGGAUACGCUCCACCAGAAAUCGUUUACCACCGCCAGAAUCCACCAAAGGAUGUGGUUGUGGCGGGAACACCCGAUCCGGCUCGAGGGUCGGAUCAGCUUGAUGAUCAGGAACUGAACCGUGUAACGGAACAGCAACACGAUAAACGGGCUCAUGAACGGACUCGGCGUUACGAGCUCCAUGACCUUGUAAAGGAUAAUUACAAUUCCUUCGCGCACGAUCGUUCGGACGAUCGUGCCGCAUUUACGUUUGAGUAA